GCGGCAUGGCGUCCUCUCGCUUGCCUCCCACGGCGCUGAUGCUGAAGCAGUUCAUGAGAAGGCAACAAGUUCUCCUCCUCUACAGAAAGAUUUUGCGAGCCAUUAGGCAAGUUCCAAGCGAGGCUGACCGAAAGUACCUUCAGGACUGGGCCAGGGAAGAAUUCAAAAGAAACAAAAGUGCCACGGAAGAGGAUACAAUCCGUAUGAUGAUUACUCAAGGCAAUAUGCAGCUAAAGGAAUUAGAAAGGACAUUGACUUUAGCAAAAUCUUAACUGAAAGGUUUUCAGAUCUCCAUGCGGUUUGCACAGGCCCAAAGCUACCGUCAUAAAGCACCAGUAGCACAUGGAAAGAUGAUCACACUAAUCACGAAUGCUCAUCAAGGCGUUAACAUUUCCACUGCGGUGGCUGCGAUCACAAAGUGAACUGAUGUGAAGACGGAAGCUUGGAACCAUGCAUUGCUCAGGUGAAGGUAGACUAUCAGCAGCCACUUUGGAAAACAGACUAUUAGUUCUUGAAAAGGUAACAAGAUGGGGUUGUAACAAACAGGUCCAUGGCCAAGAACCUGAGUUUGACUCCUGGGACCCACAUGGUAGAAGGAGAAACCACAACGGAAAGUUGCCCUCUGACCUCCACACAGGCACUGUGGCACAUAAACAAAAACCAAAAAAAAAAAAAGGUGACACAGAGUUACUUCAAACUUCAGCAAGUCUUGGCUUUAACCAAGAGAACUGAAUCUGAAGCCAUGCCUAUAGAAAGUGUAUACAGAGUUUGUUUUUGUUUUUGAGAUAGGUUUUCACUUUGUAGGCCAGAUCCACCUGCCUCUG